CUGGAGAGGGAGCCGGGGAGCUGCCGCGCGUCCGCCUAACGCGGGCGCAGGAGACAGGCGUCCGAGUCCAGGCUCGGGUAGGGUCCCCAGGUGGGGUCCCCGGCCCCGCCCCAACCGCUCCAGUCCGCACGACUCUCUCACGCGUCGGGUGGUGGAGAGGUACCGGUCCUCGACGGCUGCGGGAAGGUGCCCAGCCCGCCCCGGAUGGGCAUCGUGGAGCCGGGCUGCAGAGACAUGCUGACGGGCACUGAGCCGAUGCCGACGAGUGACGAGAGCCGGGCGCCUGGCGUGGACCCGCAGCACCGCUACUUCUACCCCGAGCCGGGCGCGCAGGACCCCGCCGAUCGUCGCGGGGGCGGCAGCCUGGGGGCGCCCUACGCCGGGGGCGCCUUGGUGCCCGCCCCGCCGGGCCGCUUCCUCGGAGCCUACGCCUAUCCGCCCCGGCCGCAGGCGGCCGGCUUCCCCGGGGCGGGCGAGCCCUUCCCGCCGCCGGCGGGCGCCGAGGGCUACCAGCCCGGGGAUGGCUACGCCGCCCCGGACCCGCGAGCCGGGCUCUACCCCGGGCCGCGCGAGGACUACGCGCUGCCCGCGGGGCUGGAGGUGUCCGGGAAGCUGAGAGUCGCGCUCAAUAACCACCUGUUGUGGUCCAAGUUCAAUCAGCACCAGACAGAGAUGAUCAUCACCAAGCAGGGACGGCGAAUGUUCCCAUUCCUGUCGUUCACUGUGGCUGGGCUGGAACCCACUAGCCAUUACAGGAUGUUUGUGGACGUGGUCUUGGUGGACCAGCACCACUGGCGAUAUCAGAGUGGCAAGUGGGUGCAGUGUGGAAAGGCUGAAGGCAGCAUGCCAGGAAACCGCUUGUACGUCCACCCAGAUUCCCCCAACACUGGAGCCCACUGGAUGCGCCAGGAAGUUUCAUUUGGAAAACUGAAGCUCACGAACAACAAGGGAGCCUCCAACAAUGUGACCCAGAUGAUUGUGCUGCAGUCUCUCCAUAAGUACCAGCCCCGGCUGCACAUUGUGGAGGUGAAUGAUGGAGAGCCGGAGGCCACCUGCAAUGCUUCUAACACACACAUCUUUACUUUCCAAGAAACCCAAUUCAUUGCUGUGACUGCCUACCAGAACGCCGAGAUCACUCAGCUGAAAAUUGAUAAUAACCCUUUUGCCAAAGGAUUCCGAGAGAACUUUGAGUCCAUGUAUGCAUCUGUUGACACCAGUGUCCCCUCCCCACCUGGACCCAACUGUCAACUACUUGGAGGAGACCCUUACUCACCUCUCCUAUCCAACCAAUAUCCUGUUCCCAAUCGCUUCUACCCUGACCUACCCAGCCAGGCCAAAGAUAUGAUCUCCCAACCUUAUUGGCUGGGUGCACCGCGGGACCACAGCUAUGAAGCCGAGUUUCGAGCAGUCAGCAUGAAGCCUGCAUUCCUGCCCUCUGCCCCUGGGCCCACCAUGUCCUACUACCGAGGCCAGGAGGUCCUGGCACCUGGAGCUGGCUGGCCUGUCACACCACAGUACCCUCCCAAGAUGGGUCCAGCCAGCUGGUUCCGCCCCAUGCGAACUCUGCCCAUGGAGCCUGGCCCUGGAGCCUCUGAGGGGCGGGGGCCAGAGGAGCAGGGCUCCCCCUCCUUGUGGACUGAGGUCACCCCGCUCCGGCCAGAGCCCAGUGACUCAGGACUGGGCGAAGGAGAAUCUAAGAGGAGGCGGGUCUCCCCCUACCCGUCCAGUGGGGACAGCUCCUCUCCUGCUGGGGCUCCUUCUCCUUUUGAUAAGGAAGCCGAAGGUCAGUUUUAUAACUAUUUUCCCAACUGAACAGACGCCAUGCUGAAAGGAAGACACAGUGCUAUUAGUUGGAGGACACCAACCAACUUAGAAAACAGACGCAGGGUGGAGAAGUCCAGCUCCCACUGUCCCUCUCAGUAUAGUGAUUGGUUGGGAGAGAGAGGUCCAAGAAGGAUUUUGGAGUUCACUUCUUCUUCCUGGCUCACAAUAAAAUGUGACAGAAGUGUCCCCAGUCCCUUCUCCACCUGAACUACAGUCAUGUACUUGGUGCUGCUUCUGGGGAGACAAUCCCAUGGAAAACAGACAAUGGACUGGAGAAGGUCCUAGAAAACAAAGGAGCUUCUGAUGGGGUGGGGGGGUCAGGGUGGGUGGCCAGGACUGAAGACCAGUUCUCUACCCUUGUGAGUAACUUUUGACAGUUUUGUCCGUGUGUGUGUGUUAAUAAUCCCUGAUCUGAAAAUAAAAAUACACCGAUUUUGUAACAGCCACCCAGGGUCAGGGAGAAGACUCAGGUGACUUUGGGCAGCUGGCCUGGGCCCACCUACUCAGAGACAAGCGAGUGGGUCACAGAGAAAGGGGCUGGGAGGGGAUGGUGCACAUCUCACCAAGUGAGGUGCCCUUUGUGGUGGUUGUGCACGUGCACGCCUUUUCUUUUUUUAUUUUUUUGAAAAG